GUCCCAAUAAGUGGAACCCAGAACACAAUCAAGCGCCCAAGGUUCUAUACUCUUCUCGAGUCUCUCUCUCUCACACACAAACACUGACUAUAUAUUGGAUUGAUAUAUAUGUAGAUGAAGCCAUACAUGCAAACCUCAAGAUUAUAGAAUAGUGGAGGCCGCCGCGAGCGUUUAAAGUGUUCUAAAAGGAAUCACUUUUUUCCAGACUGAAUCGAGAAAGCCGCAAAGGGUACACAUUGCACAAUCAUUUAUAUGGGUUCUCAUCCUGGACCAGUUGUUGGUAUGCUUGAAGCUGCCUCAGGAGUUCAUUUUUCAGGGUUGUAUUUAGAUGGACUUGCGACAAGAAAAUCAAAGGUUGAGGAACCCACAACAUCUACUACUGAAUAUGUGCAUAAUCAGCCUUUUGUAAUUGGAGUUGCUGGAGGGGCUGCGGCUGGAAAGACUACUGUUUGUGAUAUGAUUAUUGAUCAGCUUCAUGAUCAACGUGUUGUUCUUGUUAAUCAGGAUUCUUUCUAUUAUUGUUUGACACCAGAGGAACUUACAAGGGUUCAGGAUUACAAUUUUGAUCACCCUGAUGCAUUCGACACUCAGCAGCUACUGUCUGCUAUGGAGAAAUUGAAGUCUGGGCAGUCGGUAGACAUUCCAAGAUAUGAUUUCACGAGUUAUAAACACAAUAUCUCUCCAGCUCGCAGGGUAAACCCAUCAGAUGUGAUCAUUUUGGAAGGCAUAUUGAUUUUUCACGAUCCUCGUGUUCGGAAUUUGAUGAAUAUGAAGAUUUUUGUUGACACAGAUCCCGAUGUGCGCUUAUCUAGGAGAAUAAGGCGUGACACAUCUGAAAAGGCUAGAGAUGUUAAUACGGUCCUUGAUCAGUACUCAAAGUUUGUGAAGCCUGCUUUUGAUGACUUUAUACUUCCGACCAAGAAGUAUGCAGAUAUUAUUAUUCCCCGAGGAGGAGACAAUCAUGUAGCAAUUGAUUUGAUUGUCCAACAUAUCCGAACAAAACUGGGUCAACAUGAUCUUUGCAAAAUAUAUCCUAAUCUUUACGUCAUUCCAUCAACUUUUCAGAUACGGGGAAUGCAUACAUUAAUACGUGAUUCUCAAACAACUAAACAUGAUUUUGUCUUUUAUGCUGAUCGUCUGAUUCGUCUGGUUGUUGAACAAGGUCUGGGUCAUCUACCAUUUACAGAAAAGCAGGUGAUCACGCCAACUGGAUCUGUCUACACUGGUGUAGAUUUCUGUAAGAGGCUGUGUGGUGUUUCUAUAAUCAGAAGUGGGGAGAGUAUGGAAAACGCUUUGCGAGCUUGUUGUAAAGGUAUAAAGAUCGGGAAGAUUCUUAUUCAUAGAGAAGGUGACAAUGGCCAACAGCUUAUAUAUGAAAAAUUACCUAAUGACAUCUCAGAAAGAAAUGUACUGUUGUUAGACCCUAUCCUCGGCACAGGAAAUUCAGCUGUUCAAGCUAUAUCUCUAUUAAUAAAGAAGGGUGUUCCAGAAUCCAACAUCAUAUUCCUUAAUCUGAUAUCGGCUCCUCAAGGAGUCCAUGUUGUCUGCCAAAGAUUCCCGAGAUUAAAGAUUGUCACAUCGGAGAUCGAUACUGGUUUGAAUAACGAUUUCAGAGUUAUUCCUGGAAUGGGUGAAUUUGGAGAUCGAUAUUUUGGAACAGACGAUGAUUGACCCCAACAAACAUAGUAUAAAAUGUUUUUUACCAUUACAAACAAUCUCGGGAGAAUAUUAUAUUAUAAUGAGCUCUUUUUAUUUUAUUUUUUUUAUGGUCAAUAAACUAUUCCAGCAGUUUGUGCAGACUCUGAUUGAAAUAUUUAGUGAAAUUUGGAUAAGUUUUUUUUUUU